AUGGCGCCCAAGUUUGGGCGGGUGCCCAGCAUCAGGGAGAGGGUGGAGGACACCCUCUCCGACCACCGCAACGAGCUCGUCGCCCUCCUCUCCAGGUCCUCGUCUCUCCUCUUCUUCCCAUUCGUCCACCGGCGGCGAAAGUCUGGAGCAAUUACUGACUUCGUGAUCUGCUUCUUUGCCCUGAGGCAGGUACAUGGGGCAGGGAAAGGGCAUCCUGCAGCCGCACCACCUGCUCGACGAGCUCUCCAACGUGAUCGCCGAGGACCAUGGUCGCAAGCUCGAGGACGGCCCCUUCUUCGAGGUCCUCAAAACCGCCCAGGUCUGGCCUUCCGUACUCCCCCUACCACCAUCUGUAGACCAUUUCAUCCUGUAGUUUUCUAACGGAGCUCUCUCCUCCCCCUCUGCAUGCAACUCCCUCUUCUGGUUCAGGAGGCCAUAGUUCUUCCUCCAUUCGUGGCCAUCGCCGUCCGCCCCCGCCCCGGGGUCUGGGAGUACGUCAGGGUCAACGUGUACGAGCUGAGCGUAGAGCAGUUGAGCGUCUCCGAGUACCUUCGCUUCAAAGAGGAACUCGUCAAUGGCCAGUGAGUCCAAUUUUGCCCCCUUCCCUCCCCUGAUCCGUCCUCGUUCUGCUCCUCGAGCAAGAAAUCCGCACCAGAGAAUCAUAUUCUUCCCCCCUCCCGUUCGACAGCUUCAACGACCUUUACGUGCUUGAGCUGGACUUCGAGCCGUUCAAUGCGUCGUUCCCCAGGCCCAGCCGGUCGUCCUCCAUCGGGAACGGGGUGCAGUUUCUCAACCGCCACCUCUCGUCGAUCAUGUUCCGCAACAAGGACUGCUUGGAGCCUCUACUCGAUUUCCUCCGAGCGCACAAGUACAAGGGUCAUGUGAGUUCCCUUCGGACUCCCAUCCUUCCGUCCAGGGCUCUUGCCGCCAUUAAUUUCCCCAUUCGGGAAUAUCCUCAAUCCACGCUCAGAACCCUUCUUCGUUCGAUCCCGUUGAUGUGUAUUACCUGUUCAUUUGGCAAACAGAUACCAAUCGAAUUCCUGUUUCCGUGCUCGAUCGAACAUAUAUUUUCCAGGUAUUGAUGGUGAACGACAGGAUACAGAGCUUGUCCAGGCUUCAGGCUUCUCUGGUGAAAGCAGAGGAAUACUUGACCAAGGUCCAACCAGAGACGCCGUUCUUUGAAUUUGCGUACAGGUAAGAACACGGCGUUCCUGGAAUCGCUCUUGGUCUCUGGUUACUGUUCAUGAACAAAGAUGAGCCUAUCCAGCAUCUCCAGAUCUCUCAGGCUAUCCUAAAUCUCUACGUAGAUUCCAAGAGCUGGGAUUGGAGAAAGGAUGGGGUGACACAGCCGAACGAUCGUUGCAGAUGAUACAUCUCCUUCUGGACAUUCUUCAGGCUCCCGAUCCCGCCACUCUGGAGACCUUCUUGGGUAGGAUCCCCAUGGUGUUUAAUGUCGUCGUCGUUUCCCCCCACGGGUACUUCGGCCAGGCCAAUGUUCUUGGGUUGCCCGACACAGGCGGCCAGGUACACCACCAUCACCAAAAUCUCUGUCAAAUUGCUAUUAUGAUGAUGAUGAUGAGUCUAGGGUUAUUCUGCCUGGUAGAUUGUGUAUAUAUUGGAUCAAGUUCGAGCACUGGAGAACGAAAUGAUCGUGAGGAUUCAACGCCAAGGGCUGAAUGUGGAUCCGAGGAUCCUCGUGGUACGGCCGAGCCCACAACCCUUCGACCUUGCCCCUCCCCCCGUUUGACCUGCCACGCCGCGUCGUGACCCAUAUUUUCGUCCAUUUAUGGAAGGUGACGAGAUUGAUACCCGACGCGAAGGGGACGACCUGCAACCAGCGGCUGGAGAGGAUCACCGGAACGCAGCACACUCACAUCCUGAGAGUUCCUUUCAGAGCGGACAAGGGGAUUCUCCGCAAAUGGAUCUCCCGGUUCGACGUGUGGCCCUUUCUCGAGACCUUCGCGGAGGUAAUUUGGUGGCACGAUCAAGUUCCCAACCAGUCCAUCACAUUCCAUCUCAUGCGUACGUGAUGGCGUGUUCCUCCUGCGGCUGUAAAUCGCUGGAACUCGGAAGCAGAAAUGCAGAUUUUUUUCUUUAAAGAAAGAUAUUUAAAGGCGCUGGGUUAUUUCUCACUUACUGUCUGAUGAUGUUAUUUCCCCUGUCAGGAUGCAUCGAGUGAGAUUGCCGCGGAGCUUCAGGGCAUUCCGGACCUGAUCAUCGGAAACUACAGCGAUGGGAACCUCGUUGCAUCCUUGUUAGCCUAUAAGCUGGGAAUCACGCAGGCAUGGAUCAUCCUUCUGCUUCCAUUGAUUUAUUUAUUUAGUUAUUUAUUUAUGCGUUUACCUAAUUUUUGUGCUUCUUGCAGUGCAACAUCGCCCAUGCAUUGGAGAAGACCAAAUACCCUGAAUCGGACAUAUAUUGGAAAAAUUACGACGAAAAGUACCAUUUUUCGUGCCAAUUCACGGCCGAUCUGAUCGCCAUGAACAAUGCUGACUUCAUCAUCACCAGCACCUACCAAGAGAUUGCGGGAAGGUGGGCCUCUUUCCCCGCUAAGGCAUUUAAUCGAAUAGUUCUGCGAUUUCUCGGCAAGGGAAGUGACUCGACGGGCCUUCUUUUUUCUGUUUUCUUGAAUCGAAUUUUCAGCAAGAACACCGUCGGACAGUACGAGAGUCACGCCGCCUUCACUCUUCCUGGCCUCUAUCGGGUCGUCCACGGCGUCGACGUGUUUGACCCAAAGUUCAACAUCGUCUCUCCGGGAGCUGAUAUGUCCAUCUAUUUUCCGUAUUCGGAGAGAGAUAAGAGACUGACCUCCCUUCAUGGAUCAAUCGAAGAGCUUCUGUUCGGUUCGGAGCAGAGCGACGAGCACAUGUGGGUGUUCUCGAGCAUGCACCGUGAGGAUCGAUAAUCCAGGAGAGUUGACUUCUUCUUCUUUUUCUUGAUUCUUCCUCUCUCUCUCUCUCUCUCUCUCUCUCUCUCUCCAGAGGUCGGCUGGAUGAUCGGUCGAAGCCCAUCAUCUUCUCCAUGGCGAGGCUCGAUCAGGUGAAGAAUAUCACAGGGCUGGUGGAGUGGUUCGGCCAGAGCCCCGAGCUGAGGCAGCUAGCCAACCUCGCCGUCGUCGCCGGCUACAACGAUGUGAGGAAAUCGAACGACAGAGAAGAGGUCAAGGAGAUCGAGAAGAUGCACGAGCUCAUGAAGACGUACCACCUGGACGGCCAGUUCCGCUGGAUUUCUGCCCAGAUGAACAGAGCCCGCAACGGCGAGCUCUACCGCUACAUUGCCGACACCGGCGGCAUCUUCGUUCAGGUGCGCUGGCCUUCAUCCUCUUUCCCUUAACCGGCUAAUUGGUCUUUCAGACUGAUCUCUCUCUCUCUCUCUCUCUCUCUCUCUCUCUCUCUCUCUCUCUCUCUCUCUCUCUAGCCGGCUUUCUACGAAGCGUUCGGGCUGACAGUGAUCGAGGCGAUGACAUGCGGGCUUCCAACCUUCGCAACCUGCCAUGGCGGACCAGCAGAGAUCAUCGAGCACGGGAUCUCGGGGUUCCAUAUCGACCCAUACCACCCUAACCAGGCCUCCAAGCUCAUGACUGACUUCUUCGAGCGAUGCCAGAGAGAGCCCUUGUACUGGACUCAGAUCUCCGAUGCAGGGCUGCGGAGGAUCCACGAGAGGUGCCUCCUUCCUCCUCUCCCCGAAGUCAACUCCUAGCUGUCUCUUCGUCCAGAAUGAGGAAAUCUUCGAGCUCGCCUGCAGGUACACGUGGAAGAUAUAUUCCGAGAGGCUGAUGACUCUGGCCGGGGUCUACGGCUUCUGGAAGUACGUCUCGAAGCUCGAGAGGCGAGAAACCCGGCGGUACCUAGAGAUGUUCUACAUCCUCAAGUUCCGCGACCUGGUAAGCUGCUCAUCUCCGAUCUUUGCGUUAAUUUUCAGUUGCAUUGACUUCCUCCCAUCGUCAGGUGAAAUCCGUUCCCCUGGAGACAGAUGACUAA